AUGAAUCGACUUUCGGUGCAACCACGUAAAUCUAUUAUUGAUCUCGCCGAAGAAUCUGGACUAUUCGGCAUUAAUGCAUCGGACUUGGUGUUCGAGUCGACGAGCAACAAUAUUUCCUACUAUGAUUUUGUGCUCAGCUGCAAUUCGGUAGACAAUGAUGGCGGUGUGACCAUGUACUUGGCCAAGUUCGAUGAGCGCGUCAACAUGGAGGAGUUUGAAACGUGCCAUAUUCCAAGAGAGCUCUUCGAGGAAGGCCUUCCACAAUGCGAUUUGGGACUGAUGACACUCGGCGUCCUUGUAUGGAAGCACGUGAUCGCCAAGAAACGGCUUCUAUGUCUUAUUCGCAACGUGGAUUCCAACUAUGAUCAGGCCAUGGAGGCAUUGAAACGAGCCACCAAGAAAUUCUCAAUUCAACAUCAUGUGCAGACCAUCGGCAGAAGACUAUCAACAUCAUCCAACUCGUCAUACGGCUCGACUCACUCGUAUCAGAGUGAAGGUAUGCGGAUGAGGGUGCUCCUUUGCCAAACGCGAAAUGUUGUUGAGCACAUCCCAGCUCAAUCUUUCAAGAUCGAUGAUAAUCUGUAG